CAACAACUGUUGCCUGAUCUGAGCUCUUUCAGUGUUUGAAUGUGAGUCAGCCGGCGAGCCAGUGAGCAGGAGAGAGGCAUAGUGUGUGAGGGUGAUAGGUGCAGAGUGAGUGUGUGUGUGUGUGUGAGUGUGUGUUUGUCUGUCUGUGUGUAUGACAGAGAAAAGGAAGUUGUGUUCUGUGUUGGUGCUGACAGAGCAGGGCUUUCACAUCCUGCUCCUUCCUCAGGACUAAACCGCUACCAGAGACUCAGCCUUUGGACUAUCCCGACACUUCCUCAUCUGCUUGGAUCGCUCAUGUGUGUGUUUGUACGUAUGCAUGUGUGUGUGAGAGAUCAGAUCCAGCUGAGACAACGAGCUCAUUCCUUGUGAACGGGGCAGGUGGAUGACUACAGUGCAUGAGGGCUUGUCUGGUGAAAGGAGGGAGAUCGCUGAGCAUGGGAUCCCCUCUCUAGUGAACAGGGUAAGAGAUCUGAUCGCACCCAUCCUGCUGAAAUGGGGUGGGGGGGGGGUGAUGAAAUAUUACUUGACAGAAUGAGAACAAAACCCAGAAAGAGGUCAGCGGAGAGGGUUUGGGCACAGGAGGAAAGCAGUGACUGUUUGUGUGUUGUGGGGGAGACUGGCGAGUUAAAAGGGGGGCAGUGACAGAGCCCAUUGAGUCCUGGUUGGAGUUUGAAUGUGUGUGUUACUCUCAGCUGGCUCUGCCUUUCUGCCUCACAGCUGAUGGUGGAUUCGCCAUCACACACUCUUCAUGUUUCCUCACCUCGCUCUCUUUCCACCAUUCUUCCUUCCACGCUAUUUCUUGUUGUUUCCUCUUUUGUUGUGUUUCGGCUGGCUCGUUUGUGGUUCAACAUCUCUCUGAUGCUAACUGGAUUAACUGGAAACUUUGGUAGCUGCAAAGAGGGAUGGAUGACAGAGAAGUGGAGGAGUAAUUCCAGGAGAAGGGAUGGGACUGAGAGAUGGUCAGGGUGGUGAGAAGGAGCAGGUCAUCAUGUGCACUCGGACCUCUCCUGGGCCCGACCCUGAGAGCCAGUCAUUCACUGAAGAGGUGGGAGAGUCGGAGGGGGGCGUGGCAGAUCAGGGCAGGGAGAGAGAAUCGGACCGAGACAGCGCCGUGGAGAGCUCCCUGGGGUCAGAGACAUCAGACGGUCCCAGCAGACUGGGAGACAAGGAGGACGGACUGGGAGAGCUGUUCUUCACUGGGGAGAAGUGUCCACCGGCAAGCAUCUUUGUGACCUCUGACCUAUCAACCCGAUCCUCGGCUUCUCUGAACGAGGAGCAGUUUGAGGACUACGGAGAGGGAGAGGAGCCUGAUUACGUAGCCAGCAGCCCCUCACCAGACGACGAGACCCGUACAAACGGCUGCUCCGACCUCGGCUCCUCCGUUCCAUCCAGUGCAGGUCAGACACCUCGUAAAGUGCGUCAGCAUUACUCCGGAGACCUCAUGGACGUCUACUGUUCUCAGUGCAGCAAAAAGGUCAACAUGCUAAAUGACCUCGAGGCUCGUCUCAAACACCUCAGGGCUACCAGCCCCAGCAGAAAAAUCUCCAGCACAGCCUUUGGAAGGCAGUUGCUCCACAGCAGCAACCUGAGCAGCAGAAACGGCAGCACCGAGGACCUUUUCAGAGACAGCAUCGACUCGUGUGACACGGACAUCAAUGAGAAGGUGAAUUUCUUGGAGAAGAAGGUAGCUGAACUUGAAAAUGAAAUUCAGAUGAAUGGUGAUCUGAAGUCUAAACUGAAGCAGGAGAACACACAGCUGGUGCACAGGGUGAAUGAGCUGGAGGAGCAGCUGAAGGACCAAGAAACUCGUGCAGAGCAAAAUCUGCAGGAACAGCUAAGAAGACACCGAGAAGCUUUCAGCAAAAUGGAAAGAGACAAGAACACGCAAAUGGAGCUGCUGACGAGUCGAAACAAAAGUCUGGAGGAGGACAAUAGCGAGAUGUCUCUGAGUAUGAUCCGCCUGAAGUCACAGACAGAGAGGCUGGAUGAGGAGAAACAAAGGAUGACGGACAAGUUGGAGGACACCAGUCUGCGGCUGAAGGAUGAAAUGGACCUCUACAAGAAAAUGAUGGAAAAACUGAAGCAGAACCGCCAACAGUUCCAGAAAGAGAAGGACGCCAUGCAGGAGCUGAUAGAGGAUCUGCGUCGGGAGCUGGAACACUUGCAGCUCUACAAGCUGGAGGCGGAGAAGCCUGGCCGGAGUCGCAGCUCCUCUUCUGGCCUCGCCGAUUUCAACAGCAGGACCAGGGAGGUGGAGCUGGAGCACGAAGUCAAGAGGCUCAAACAGCAGUAUAUGUCCCAGGAUUUCCUUUCCCCUGAAUUCCCUCUCCUGAUGUUGUCGGGGGCCCGGGUCAGCCCUGGUCUGAUGGAGAACCAGAAGCUGCGGGAGCAGAACGAGGAUCUGAACGGUCAGAUCCUCAGUCUCAGCUUGUAUGAAGCCAAGAGCCUGUUUGCCACCCAGACCAAGGCCCAGUCUCUGGCUGCUGAGAUAGAUAAUGCCUCGAAAGAUCAGUUAAUGGAAGCCCUGAAGGAGCAAGAAGAGAUUAACCUACGUCUCCGUCAGUACAUGGACAAAAUCAUCCUGAACAUCCUGGACCACAACCCCUCCAUUCUGGAGAUAAAGAACUAGCGGAGGUUAAACCGGGUCUUUCGUGAGUCUACAGGGACCUGCACAGGAAGAAAGCACUCUGACUUUUGGAAACACUGCGGUCGGUGUUGAGAACUUUUCUCCGCCUAACUGAAGGGAAUUCCCUCAGCGAGCUUACGAACUGAUGGUUAUGCAAACGUAACUGUUCCUUUCAGUCUGCACUCUUUUUAUUCUCUGCUGUUGUGAUUUCUUGUUAAAACUGGCACAAUCUCAUUUUCUCUUCUAACAAAAGCCAAUUUUUAUUAACCAGGAGUAAUCUGAGCCCUAAUUUAGGCACAAUCACUUGAUGGGAAACACUGGAUUUAACGCGUUCAAGCAUAAAUACUCAAACAGUUGCACAAACUUUUAAGAGACGAGAUAAAAAGCAAAAAAGUCAUCCUGUGUGAGACGGAUAUGGCGGCUGACCUGCCGCCUGACCUGAAUGUUGGCACGUAAUUUGGAAAAGCAUGUUUUGUAUAAAAUGAGGUCUGAAAAAGUUCACGAUAUUUUGAGAAAAAUACUUUAAUGAAGUCAGUAAAGGUAUGUUUUUAAUCUUAAGGAUUUGUCUUCCAGGGAAUUUAGCAGAAGAACUUCCUGUUUCAGCUUCUUAGUGAUGUUUUUCACUGACAAGUGUCCCUUAGUUGGAUCAGAGUCGGAGGCAUGGACGUAAUUUUGGGGGGGGGACGGGGGGACAUGUCCCCCCCACUUUUUCCAAAGUCAAGUUUUGACCCCUGCACUUUUUACCAUCCAAAAACAAUAUUACGCUAUAUUAAACUGACACUGGUUGAGCUCUAGGGCCAAGCGGAAAACAACCAUUUGUGUUGAAGCCUGUUUCCCAUUAGAGCAUACUGUAAAGAUCCCCCCCCCCCCCCCCCCCGUGUCCCCCCCCCACUUCUAAAGUGAAAAUUACGUCCAUGGUCGGAGGAGAUGGUUGCAGAAGAUGUAACCAAGGUUUGUCUUUAAACUGGAACCACAACAGUGGGGACAAAGCUGACACGAUUCCCAGUGUCUACCCCAGUUGAACUUGCACAGAAGAGUUGUGAAGUGAAUGUACAGAAGGUGUGGUGGAUGUACGUCGGCCUGAUCGAUGGUGAGAGUACACAGGAGACCGGAUCACCCAUCUGAUCGCCAUCUUUGGGCAGCAGAAUGUACGCUGGUGGGCGUUGUAAAUAUCACGAAUGUACAACUAAACGUUUCACUCACUUCCUGUGUGGCCAAACAGCAUUUUUACUUUUAACCUCUGUAGUUAGUCGAUAACGUACGUGUAUAUAUUUGUGUACUGGAGGAGAAACUGUUACAAUCUGCUGUAUUAUAAUGAUUCUUCUAAACCCGAGUUUUGCUACCUUGCACAGAAACCAUUUGUUUUGGUUUGCAUGGCUCACACGUUCUUCUGUCUGUGCCUUUGGAGGACAUUUUUCAAGAUGGAGACGCUUUAGAUUUACACAGGUUUUCUGAAGGAUCGUUCCGUCUGUCUGACACAUGUUAAUGACUAUAAAUGGUGAUCAUUUGUAUUGAUGUGCCACACACCCCUCUUUUUAAGACCGGUACAAGAUGAUUUUAUACCAUUUUAUUAAAAAAGUUUCUUGUUGCUUAGGUGUCCUGAUAGCCGUACAGCACAACGCUUCUCAUGGUACUGCAGCGGGUUCUGUUUUCAUAAUUUAAUGACUUAUUUUUACUGUUGUUUUUAUUAUACUUAGUCCACUGAUUUUCACUGUGCUUUAAGCUGGCUUUUUAUAUGUUUGUAAUUACUGUCUUCCUACUUAAACAGUGAACAUUACCAGCAAUAGUAACUUAUUCCCAGUUCUUGUCUGUUUGCUCAGCAGCUGUUUGUGUCAUUUUAGACUUGAAUUAAAUCAAACAGAGCAUCAAAAUGUUUAAAAAAUAACCACAAACAUGUGUUCUUUUGCAUUUGACCUUCUAAUUUCAUUCAACUGGCUAAAAAAUAAAAUAUGAAGCUAAAA